AGCAACGUACCUCUGGGUUUUACCCACGUUAGGGUUUAAAGGGGGUUUAAGCCCGUUUCCUCUUCUCCCUGAAAUGGGCGCCCCCAUUUGGCACUGAGAAACUCUAAAAUCUCAUCGCCAUGAGAGCUCUCUUACAAUGCAAGGUCCUUCUGCAACACUCCCCGUCUUCUGUAACUCGAUGCCCCUUCUUCUUCUUCUUCUUCCACUCGAGAACCAGGACUGGAGGAUCUGCCAUGGAAGAGAGCUUGAAGAGAAGAGGUUAUUCUCGUUCCGAAGAAGAAAUUCGAAGCGUGAUGGUAUCGGUUUGGUGGGAUUUUGAGAAUUGUUCUGUACCGGCUGGGGUGAAUGUGUUCAAGGUUGCUCAGAGAAUAACUCAGGCUCUGAGGGUUUCUGGGAUAAAGGGCCCAGUGAAUAUCACGGCUUUUGGAGAUAUUUUUCAACUCUCUAGGGCAUCACAGGAGGCUCUAUCAUCUACUGGGAUUUGCUUGAGCCAUGUUCCUCGUAGUGGAAAGAACAGUGCUGAUAGGUCCAUCAUGAUCGACCUUGCUCUUUGGGUAUCUCAAAAUCCUCCACCUGCCCAUCUUUUCUUGAUUUCCGGAGAUGGGGAUUUCUCAAACAUACUACACCGUUUAAGGAUGAAUAAUUACAACAUUUUGCUUGCGAGUACAGAGUGUUCUCCUGUUCUUUGCAGUGCUGCAAGCAUUAUGUGGCAGUGGAGUGGACUUGUAAGGGGGCAUUCUCUUAUGGGCAAGUAUUUUAACCACCCACCAGAUGGAAUGUAUAAUUCUUGGUAUGGACACUACAAGGGGCCUAUUGAAGAAGUUUUCAUGGAUAUAAAACUUCCCAUUUCUGAUGGCUGCUCUCCUGAGGAUUGUCCAGAAUCUUCCAUGGAUCCAAAGCCCCGCCCGAUCCCAAAAGCAGUCGUGUCUCGAAUUCACAAAAUAGUGAAUUCAUUUCCUCAAGGAGUCAGCGUCCCAGAACUUCGUACUGAACUAAGUAAGAAUAAUGUACCUAUAGAUAAAGAUUUUUUUGGAUAUAAGAAGUUCACACGCUUUCUCUUAGCCAUGCAAAAUAUUUUGAAGAUCAAGCGUGCCCCUUCUGGUGAAGCCAAGCUUCUUGUUUAUGGUCUUGAACCAAAACUGUAUGAACCGGUGAAACCUGACUCAAUUAAUGGACAUUUAGACACAACGAUCCCUGCUGCUUCUACUAAAUCAAAUGAAGGGUCACAACCUGUGGGCCCUCAACCGGAUUCAAAAGAGCCGGUCCUUCAUAACCAAGAGACUCCCGCUACUGAUAUUAGCCACUCUAGUUCUGUUGAUGAACUUGGUUCCUCAGUUAAGGAAGGUUUCCUUCAAAGAAUUAAGAGAUUAUGGUAUGGUAAUGGAAGUGAUCAUCAUAAUGUGACACUUGUAGGAAUUGCUCAGGUGGGUUAUGCUGAAAUUGAAAGUUGUAGUAAAAUGGCAGCCACAAAUGUUGGAAGUUGCAAAUAUUCUGAGAGUAAAAUGACGUCCACUGUAAACCCUUCCCCAUCAAGAGAGCCACAUGAUUGUGCUAAUAGCAGUUCACAUUUGUUGGAUGUAAGCAAAGCAACUCCAAAGGAAGAAUCUACAGGAUGUGUUGGGAAGACUGAUGAGAAAUCUUAUGGGAGUCAGGGCUUUUUUGCUCAGCUUUUAAGAGGUUGGAAAUUAUGGGGAAUUGGUAAAGAAAGUUUGGAUAAUACUUCCCCGUUCAUUGAUCAAAAUCCGAAAACUCAUUAUACUGAGAAAUACGAGGCAGAAAAUUUGGAUGUUAAUGUGGUCCAAGGUCAAUCAAUAAAUCAUGAAUCAUUUUCCAGGGAUGAUUUUUGGGAUGCCAUGAAAUCAUUUCUUCAGAGUCCCAAGGGCCUCAAAGUUGUCUCCAAGUCUAAGACUAGAGAACAGAUGGUGAAGAAGCUGCAAAAAGAGGAAUCAUUGAAACUUGACACCCUUUUGGAUUGUCAUCUCCAACGCCUUGCUGAAAUUCUCAUUCACGAGAAGAAGUGGGUGGAGGAAUGCGCCUUCGAUGUAUCCCCUUUCAAAGUGACACUUCCCACUGAGAAUGGCUUCUCUUCUUCAAGUUCUAAUUUUGAUUCACCUGUUCUAAGCACGAUAUUUUUGGCUGGAGCCUCUAAUUCCCUGAAUGGGUUCAGCAGAGAGGAAAAGAACCCCCCUAAAUUGUCCAGAAGCAAGAUAAUCGAAGACUGCCAAGCUUUUCUCACUGAUGUUUUAAAAUAUCAUCCUGAAGGUUUUAAUAUAGGCAGUAUUAGGCCUCAAUUUUAUGCGAGGUAUGGCUAUAUUUUGGAUUAUAAGACUUUGGGUUACCCGAAAUUAACAUCCUUGUUGGAGAUAAUGCCGGGUGUGAAGAUCGAGUCAUACCGAAUUAUACCUGGAGUAGAUGCUCUGAGUGAUAAAGACAGAGGGAAAAAUGUGAGGAGAGAAGAACUUCUUGAUGAAUUUAAGUCAGUUUGUAGUCCAGACAAAAAUGCUUAUUUGGGUGAAAAGGCUGAUCGUUCGGAGACAGUCACUGAUCAAGAUUGUGUAUGGGAGGAACUUGGGCCUGUUACUAUAUCAGAUGCCUCUGAAAAUGCUGAGGAUUCAACACUCAAUGCAAAAACUGAUCCAGAGAUAGAAAAUAUGAAUCCUUAUCAAACUUAUUCUCUUUCAGAUAUUGAAUUAUCUGAUUCUGAAAGUGAAAGUUCUUUGGAAAAUGAAGCGAACAGAGAAGAGAUGGAAAGAAACAAGGAUGAUGGGUCUCUUCUUCGAAUUUUAGAUUCUUGGCAUGAAAAAAAGGAGCGUGUUAAUAAGGAUUGCCCAGAGGCCCUUGAUGGGCUUGUGGAAUGUUCUCAAAGAAAUCAGUCUGAGCCUCUGGCUUCCUCGACCUUAAGCCCCAAAAGUUCUUCUCGGACGUUGAAGCCCAAAUCUAGGAAGAAUUAUUCAUUUGUUACGGAGUCCGUUGAUGAUGAGAAGGAGAAAUUGAUUGAUAGCAUAUUGGGUACUUUGAAGAAAUCGUCAAACUCCAACCUUGGGAGUUAAAGCUUAUGGUGAGGCACAUUUGUGAAGUGGGUCAUUGAUAGUUUCCUCUAAUGGGGCUUCUCUCCAGGUUGUUACAAUUUUGGAAGGUUGAAAUCAAAUCAAAUCUUGUACCAUGAGUGUGUAUGAGAGAGAGAGAGAGACUAGUUGCGGUGUUUGUUUUCUUCCUGUAUGUCUUAGGCAUAAACAGCAACAAAAAUGUAUGGGGUGAGAUAUGAACGGCUCCCUUCAAUUAAGGGGAUGUUGACCCCCUGGGCAAGUUGGCCUGCGACCUUAGUUGUUAUAACAUCCUCGAUUUUAUUGAGCAAUGCAGAUUUCGUUUUCAAA